UCCUUCUCGACCGCGAAUUCAGAACUCGAAACCCGAGGAGUAUGGAGUGACGGAGGCGACUGAAAUGCACAGCGCCGGCGCGUGCUAAUCCUCAACCUCCUCUACUCCCUUGUACUACCUAACAUAUAACUCCUCAAGAUGGAGAUAAGUACAGCUAGGUGUUGUUUGGACUCCCAGCCACAGGCAAUAUUGUUUUCAAGAAUAUCAAGAACAUCGGGGUGGGAAAGCACUCAUAGAAUUUCUUAUAAUAUGACUGCCCUGAGUUUAAGGUUGGGCUAUCGAGGCUUGGCCUCUUCCUACCCAAUCUCAAUCUUAAAUGCAGUAUAUCCAAAUAGGCCAUGUUUCCAUAGAGCACAUUCUAUGGCAACUAGUUUGGAUGAGUCUACAUGGCUACAGUCUGAAGGUGAUUCUGAUGAAGAUGAGGAUGCAUCUGAAGACUCGACGGAGAAGAUUUUGGAACAACCACUGACAAGUGAACAGAUAGCAGCACUACUUGCUGAUACUGAGAGAGCGAGGCUUACAAAGAAGCUUAGUGAAGCCAACCAACAUAAUCGGUUCCUCAAAAGACAGUUGCAAAUAAAGGAGGAAUCAUUGGUUAACUUUAAAAGUGAACUUGCUGUCAUGGAGCUUGAAGUUCAGGCUUUGGUCAAACUUGCUGAAGAAAUAGCUCAGUCUGCUAUUCCAGGAGGUUCAAGGAAGAUCAAGGGAAAAUAUAUUCAAUCUCACCUUGUUUCUCGUUUAGAAGCUGUGCAUGAGAAAUUGAAGGAACAGAUAAAGGAUGUAGAUUCAGUUCAAUCCAAAGAGGUUCCUGUAUUUUGGGUUGGCAUGGCUGAGAGCGUGCAAGUAAUGGGCAGCUUUGAUGGUUGGAGCCAAGGAGAGUACCUAUCACCAGAGUAUGAUGGUUCUUAUACAAAGUUCUCAUCAACAUUGAUGCUCAGACCAGGAAGGUAUGAGAUCAAAUUCUUGGUGGAUGGUGAAUGGCAGCUUUCACCGGAGUUUCCCACUAUUGGUGGGGGAUUAACCAAAAACAAUCUGUUAGUUGUGGAAUGAUUUGUAUGCAGUUUGCAGAAGCAUAUGUAGUUUUUUCAAGUGUUUGCCAUAUCUUCCACUUGGACAACGUGUUAGUUCCUUGUGAAUCAAAUUGUUCUGCUAAAUUGGGUUGAGGCCAUAUUUUACUUAGACGAGUCAGUGCAGCUGGGUCCCGUCGGAAGUGCAUGUAAGUAGGUUUACUUGCUGAUUAAAAUUACAGUACAUACAGUGAGAAACUAGUCUUUAUAUUAAAUGUUAUUUACGCGUUUGAAUAACAUUUUUAUGCAACAUAAAGUGAAUGCUGUUACAGCUUCGGCCAA